UGGUGAGACUUUUGUGAAUUGUUGUGUUCGUUCGUGAUUCGAUUUUUUAGGUUACACGUAUGUUAUACUUUGUUUAUACUUAAUUCAGAUUAUUAUAAACGUGCAAUAUUUAAGCCGAUUAAACUAGUAGGAAUGAAUAUGAUGUAAAAUUUGGAAAAAAGCGAUUUUUUGUUUCUUUUUCAUUUAAUGACUGUUUAUAUUUAUACUUACAAGUCGAGUUCACAGUCCAUUAUUUUUUUAUAAAUUACGCAGUAAAAUUAUUUGUCAACAAAACUGAAAGAUCAAGUAUGUCCGCAUCACCGAUUGCAAGGCAAGCUACCCAAAGUCAAAACAUACCUUCGAAACGAAUUGUUAUUAAUGAUCCUAGUCAAUUACCUAAUGAUUAUUCAUCCACCCCUGGUGGAACACUUUUUUCAACUACGCCUGGAGGUACUCGUAUUGUUUAUGAACGUGAUUUUUUAAUGAAUUUACGAAAUUCUCCUAUAUCACGAACACCACCACGAAAUAUGCCAUCUAUACCUGGAGAAUUAUUGAAACAUACAUCACCAAAUCCUUUGACAUCAGUAAAGAAUCAAAUUAUCAAAGACACUCCAGUAAUUGAAGAAUCUGCAGAACAAUUUGAAAUGGACAUGUAAUAAAUUGUGAUAAGAAUAUAUUCAUAAUGUGCCAGCAAUUUUAAUAAGUAGUAAUAAUCAAUGUAACCAUACAAAAAUAUAUUAGCAAAAUAGCAUUUUUGUAUAAAUAUAUACUAUCAGGGGCCUUAAAUAAGUGUUUAUAUAAUAUAAUUGAGAAAUAUUAAAUAUAAUUGAUAUAGUUAUAUUCAUAUAUUGCAUUUUAUCAUCAUAUUUGCUAACAAAGAUGAUAAAAAAAUUUAAAUUAGUACAUCCAAAUUUGCAUUACUAAACAUGUUAUUUUAUAAUUAAUUUUCAUAUAUAUUUGUACUACAAUAAAUAAAUGAUAUUUUGGUAA